AAACGCAAAGCCGCUGGCGAACCCAUCUACAUCGCCCCGCCUGCUCGCAAAGCCCGGCGCGGCAGACAAGCCACUCGUAUCACCGAGUUACCUGAUGAGCUCCUUCAGGAGGUAUUCAGCUACAUUGUCUACUCGAACACUUGGCUACAAACUUACCAUUCACUCUGUCUCGUCAAUCGACGCAUGAAUGCGCUGGCGACACCUGCCCUCUACGCAUAUUUUCGAUUCGAUUGGAAUCCAAAACCGUCAUUCUCGCUUUUCUUGACAAGCCUACAGGCACCUGCUUUUACCCUGCACGCCAAAGAUCUCCGAUGGAUCCUUAGACCAAACCAGGUGUCCCUGGAUGAUAAGGCAGCGAUGGCUGGGAUGAGGAAAGCCUAGAGGAUCCCAGGGUGCCAAAGCUGGCUGGCGGCCAUGAAGCAGGGCCACCACAAGGUCUACCUCGCAGUUGCGCUCUGUCUGAUGCCGAAGAUCGCAGGCUUCGACUAUCAGCCCGACGAUCACCCUCUCAUCGAUGUUGUCCAACCACCUGCACACCUGGAACUACUGCUAUCUGCCGCACGGGGCAUUUCACAUGGGACGACCCAUAUUCUCAGUCACCUUUCGUACCUAAAAUUGACAUCAAUGCCGAAAAUGCGAGUCGCAUUUCGGCGCUUUUCGUCUGCCUUCCUCACGCUAUCUCGAAUUGGAAUGUUCCUGUGGCGACGUGGAUGAGUUCGGAC